AUGUGGUUCUACAGUUUUUAUUUGGGGAUGUAUUUUCUGCUAGUGAUACGCUAUCAAUGGUCCGAUCGGAAAAUUGCAAAGUACUUUGAAUUCAUUUCGUUUGGUGUUGCGGCUGGCAUUUCAUGGUCUGCUGGCCUAUGGGGCUUGGUCACCAAAAGUUUCAAUCCCCGUCCAAAUGAUUUACUGUGCUUGAGCCAAGGAUACCCCUAUAAGUGUGAAUUGGAUCCGAAUGUAGAAUGCAUUCGCGGUGGGGCGGAUACGAAUGUGGGGUCUAUGAUAGCGACGGUAUCAUCACUCUGUGGCAUUGGAGGACUCGUCACAACGACCAUGGUGUAUUUCAGUGUAUGGGAGAUAACGAAACAACAUCGCUCAAAACAUCGUUAUUCUUCCGCUCUUGGUAUGGAACAACGAUUGAAAGAGGUCGCAAAGCAGUGCAUGCUGUACUUUUUGGUGUAUGUGAAUGUCUUUAUCUGGCCUAUAGGGACGAACAUCAUUUAUGGUAUCUCGAGGAAAGACAGUGGCGAAGAACCUGCUCGGAACGAUCUUGGCCCUUAUAUUUAUAGUCUGAUAUCGUGGUUCUUCUUCCCAAUCACGGGACUUCUCAAUUGCAUGGUCUACCUAAGGCCACGAUACGUGCAAUGGCGUCUUGCCGUUCCACAAGAGGGGAGAAUAUGGGCAAUUCGGAAGGCAAUUUCACCAGAUCGAUUGCCAUUACCAGAGGCGAGUAGUGAGAUGAGUUCUAAUGUGAACAGAAUAGCGUCCCCAAGCGUUGAAUUUGCUGCAAACACUGGUAACCUUCGCUUCGUAGCCAAAGCGCUUGAAUCCUUCGUAGAUGAUGACGACAGCGACGAACGUGUUGAAGCCAAUCGGAGAAACGUCCAAUACACUUCUGAAGAAAACGAGGAAGAUAUCAUAAUUGGAGAUAUCGAUGACGGAGAUAAAGUAUUCCAGUCUGAGGUAGCUUCAAUUAUGGAAGGAACCAGCAAGAAAGUUGUGAAAACGGAAGCGGAACAAACGCUAGAUAGCAUUGUAGAAUAG